AUGAAAUCCGUUGGCGAAUCGCGCGUGGUGGUUGAGGCGGAGCACCCGUUCAAGGGCUCGGACAAAUACUACGCUCGCCUCCUGCGAAGGUAUGGGCCGCACCCCUUCACCAUAUGCAACAUGUUGCGAAUCGGUGCCAUGCACGAAGAAUCCACGCUUACCGAGGUGAGUGAGUCAGCCCUCGUCCAGUUUUUCGAACGAUCGCUGGACGAGGUGAAGAAGAUCAUGCCCCUCGAUGUCAAGAUGAUCAAGUUCGACUGGCAUCACAACCUGAAGCAAAUGGGCUCACAAAAGGCCAUCGAAACUCUAUGGACCCUGCUGCGCUCCUCUGUACAGAACGUGGGGCUGAGCUGUGGCCAGAUCAGUCUGGUGGACGUGCGCGACGGCGAGAAUGCGGAUGACGACGACGGCGGAUCCGAGGAGGGAGAGCUCCACGGGUCGCGAGAGUACGUCUCAGCCGCGGCUGCCGACAGCCACGGCGGCAGCGGUCGGAUGUACUUUCGCUGGAUGAAGCGGCAGAAGGGAUUCAUUCGCUUCAACUGCGCCGACAGCCUCGACCGCACCAACGUCGCCACAUUUUUCCAUUCGUGGCAAGUUGUUGCCGAGAUGUGCCGUCAGCUCGGUGUUUUUGACGACAAAGGAGGUCCAACGGAGGAGUGGGGCCACUACGACCUCGAAUUGCCGCAGCUGGUGGCUCGCCUUCCCUCUGCGCUCCUCGGCUCCCUCACCGAAUUCUUUGUGUACAUGGGCGAUGUGAUCUCGGUGCUCUACACCAACUCGCCGGCAAUGCACAGCUCGUUGAUGAGGGAAUAUUCACCCAACGUGGCUGCCCCGCGAUCCAACGCCAUCAUCGCCAUUCAACGACGGUACCAAAAUGUGGUCAAGGACUCAACUCGCCAGCUGCAGUACAACAUGAUCCUCGGCCGAAAACUUGCGCACUGUUUCCCUUCGCUCGAGCCGAGCCCGUCGCGAUUCGAGUGCGUGAGCAGCUACCCGGCCUUCUCGCUCAAGACCGUGCCCUGUCUGUUCUCCGACCUCGAACCCGAGAAGUGGCUCCUGGCGGACAAGCUCACGAACGAGCCCUUUUCGUGGAUUGCGCCCAGCGGUUGUGAUGUUCUCGAGUUGUACAUAGUGCUUCGACGGAGCUGCGACCUCAAAGAGUUCGCGCUGACCGUGACUGGCGGCGCCGGUGAUGCGGCGUACCCCGUUUACGUUGACCUGUUCAUCGGACCCUACCUCAACCGUCUGAGUAUCGUGAUGCAGGACCUCCCGCUCCCUCGGGUGACGGCCGGCACCAAGCUCUACUACGAAGUCCCCGCGCACACGUGGACCGCCUACGAGGGGCCGUCCAUCUACGAUUUUGGCGGAGGCAAGCGACCGAAGACGAGGAUCGUGCAGUUCCGCUUCCGCGGGCUUUCGUCGAGUCACUACAUGACCAUCGGCAAGAUCGAGCUCUACGGCCAGGUGCCUCAGCCCUUGGGAUCGCCCGAGCAGGCCUACGAUAACGUGAUCCAAAAGGAAACGCACAGCAAGGUGAAAAGCAUCCUCGAAGCGCUCGAUAUCGGGGAAGAUGAGAAGCGGCGAGGCGACGCCGAGUGGAGCAGCUCGGAGGAAGAGGACGAAGGCGAAGAGAGCGACGGUCUGUCGCGCACGCCACUGGGUGGCCUCGACUUCAAAAUGGAAUCAACGCAGGAGAAGCGGAGCACCGACAUGGUUUUGGACAUGUUCGGGGUGACUCCAGCGUUUCAAGGCGAAGAGGAGGACCUGCCGCGGUCCCGCUCGUCCUCACUCACACUCGCCUCCAUGUCGGAGGUAUCGCCCAGGAACCCCUUCAAGAACCCGAGGGAGUUCACCAUCCUGGGCGAUCGGGCCAUCGUGAGAGAGAUCGAAGAGAAGGGAGUCGAAGAGGUGUAUGCUGAAACGGUGCGAAGUCUAUUGUGCACCAAGGGCGAAAAGGCGCUAGACUUCACCGAUACGCUGGAGCUCGAGUACCUGCGACUUUCGCUGGGAUUGACCGCGGCGCAGAGGGACCAGAUCCUGCUCAAGCUGCACCAGAGCAUCUUCUCCUACAACCCCUGCCGAUUCGUCUUCCUCCACGACGAGAAGGCCCAAGAUAUCCUUUCCACCCUCCCUCUGCUGUCCGUGUGCCACAACUGCAAGUCAUCGCUGGGCUUCUUCUCCAUCGGCGUGGCCCAGUGCUACUACUGCCACCACCGCUUCUGCUCCAGCUGCGUCGGCACGCCGACCAAGAUCAUCGAGUUCAUGUGGGACAAGCCCCAGCCCGUCUGCAAGCGCUGCCAGGCCAAGCUCCUGCGCCAGGCCGAGCUCCUCACCAACGUGCAAUACGAAAUCGGCAAGCAGAAGAACAUCAUGCCUAAGGAGGAGGAAGCGCGAGAGGAGCUCAUCCGUACGUUGCAUGAGGCGCGACCAGUGCCCAGCCUGGCCAGUUCCAGCUCCGACCUGCCCGCUGCGUUCUCCGACCUGCAAGCACGGCUCGCCUUCGCGUCGAUGCCCACGGCCGUCUCGCUGGCCGACUACCCCUCCGCCUGCGUCCUUCUUGAUGUGCCUACACGAGCCUUAUCCGCUCCGAUCGAAAGUGUUUUGGUUCCCGAGCACCUGCAAGUAUCGUCCAUCAUCAGGGAGCAGAGUUUUGCAUCGUACUGGAGCGCGCCGGCGCAACAGGGUUGCGUGGAGAUUCGCAUCGCGCUCGCGGGACCGUCCGUGGUGCGUUCCUUCUCCAUCGUUGUCGACGAGCUCGGCUACAGCGAGAGCGACGCGCCGAUCGUGUCGCUGCUGGCCGGGCACACCAUCUCCGACUGGCGCAACGUCGGCUCGUGGAACCUCGCCAACUUCACCCACCUCCUGCCCAACAGCAAGCGUGGCAUACCGGCCGGGGAGUACCUUACCUUCGAACUCGAGCAACCGGAGGAGUGCCGCCUGCUGUCCUUCACGCUGCGACUACCCGAGCACGCCGCGGCCAGUCCUCCUCACUACACGGAAGGCAACAACAACGACACCGACAACGUCGACAACAAUGUCGACACUGUCGCAGCUGGCGACGACCGGCGCCCCAGCCCCAAGGCCAAGGAGCACGAGCCCGACACACCGCUGGGGCGGAGUGGCGAGCGAAGAGACCCGGAAGUGGUCAAGGCCUUGUCGACGACGGCGCGGGUGGAGGAGAAGGAGAAGGAGGUCUUCCUCCACCUGGGUCGGCUGCGGGUAUACGGCGACGUGCUCGACAUGUACAAGCUCGAACAGCGCGAGCAGGAGAAGAAGGCCUUCAAGCGGCGCAGCGCGCGGCUGGCCAUUAGUGCCAACGACGAGACCGCCGCCACGCUCGACGACUCGGCCCUCUCCACCACCACCUUCGCCUCAUCGUCGCCGGACGAGCCCUCGUCGUCUGCCGAACCGGCGGCGACGGGGCCUUCGCCCUUGGUAGUGAGCGGCGGCUUGAUGGCGGCGCAGGCCGCGGCGGCGAGUGCGACGACGGCCGGCACGAGCGUGGCGUCGUUCCUCGCGUCGCUGCCGUCGUCCCUCUCGUCGCCCUUCACCUCGCCCUCGCCCACCUCCGUACUCCCGCGCGACCUGCCCCUCACCGGCCUCGAACGGAUACUCUACGACCAAAUCAUGAACACCCCUUCGCCUCGCAACUAUAACUUGAUCACGCCAGUGUGGGCGCAGUCGCGCAACGGGAAGCAGAUGAUCGACAUCUGCAUCGAGCCGAGCACGGUCACGGGCUUCGUGGCCCUGGUGCGGCACGGCGACGAGGGCUACCUGUCGCAGGUCAAGCUCAUCCGCGUGCUGGCCAUCGUGACGGGCGAGGCCAAGGGCGAGAUCGUCUCCUUCCGCCCCGUCGGUCGCUUCGUCCUCCCCAAGGCCCGGCCACGCACCUACCUCUGCUUCGAGUUCUCGUCGUCGCCUUCCUCAUCAUCAUCAUCAUCGUCUUCGUCGUCGUCGUCGUCGUCGUCUCCUUCAUCAACGACGCCAUCGUCAUGUGCGACGCCGGCGCCGCUGCGGGCCAACAUCCUCACCUUCCAAUUCCUCUCCAACUACGGCGGGCGGGAGACCCAACCGCCGAAGAUCUAUCUCUUCAGCUCUGGCGCCUCAUCGUCGUCGUCGUCGUCGGCCUCGUCGAGUUCUUCCUCCACCACCGAGCAGUAG